CAGUGUAGGGUUACAGUCCAUUUAUGGGCGCAGCAGAGGGCAGAUAUCAGUGUCGAUGGCAUUCAUUCCAGCUAUUCUUAGCAGCCUCUCAGGAGCUCCACACGCCUGGCUGGGCAGCAAGGGACAGAGCAGAGGCCGCCGCUGUCAGCACCAGCAUGUCUUACAGCGUGACCCUGACGGGGCCUGGCCCCUGGGGCUUCCGCCUGCAGGGGGGCAAGGACUUCAACAUGCCUCUCACUAUCUCCCGGAUCACGCCGGGGAGCAAGGCGGCCCAGUCCCAGCUCAGCCAGGGUGACCUCGUGGUGGCCAUUGACGGUGUCAACACAGAUACCAUGACCCACCUGGAGGCCCAGAACAAGAUCAAGUCUGCCAGCUACAACCUGAGCCUCACACUGCAGAAGUCGAAGCGUCCCAUUCCCAUAUCUACGACAGCGCCCCCGAUCCAGUCCCCGCUGCCAGUGAUCCCCCACCAGAAGGUGGUAGCCAACUCUCCAGCCAACGCCGACUACCAGGAACGCUUCAACCCCAACGCCCUGAAGGACUCAGCCCUGUCCACCCACAAGCCCAUCGAGGUGAAGGGGCUGGGCGGCAAGGCCACCAUCAUCCACGCGCAGUACAACACGCCCAUCAGCAUGUACUCCCAGGACGCCAUCAUGGAUGCCAUCGCCGGGCAGGCGCAGGCUCAGGGCAGUGACUUCAGUGGGGCAUCGCCACUGGCGAGCCUUCCUGUUAAAGACCUUGCCGUAGACAGCGCCUCUCCUGUGUAUCAGGCUGUGAUUAAGAACCAGAACAAGCCGGAAGAUGAGGCUGAUGAGUGGGCCCGCCGCUCGUCCAACCUGCAGUCUCGCUCCUUCCGCAUCCUGGCUCAGAUGACAGGAACGGAAUACAUGCAAGACCCUGACGAAGAAGCUUUGCGAAGGUCAAGGCCCCAGGCCUCUGCCUGCAGUCCAGCCAAGGCGACCUCUCCAGCACCUGCCACCCAUACAUACAGCGAGGCCCCAGCAGCCCCUGCGCCCAAGCCCCGGGUUGUCACCACUGCCAGCAUUCGGCCUUCUGUCUACCAGCCAGUGCCUACAUCUACUUAUAGCCCAUCCCCAGGGGUCAAUUACAGUCCAACUCCCUACACACCCUCCCCGGCCCCUGCCUAUACCCCCUCGCCUGCCCCCACUUACUCCCCCUCCCCUGCCCCUGCCUAUACCCCGUCGCCUGCUCCCACCUACUCCCCCUCCCCAGCGCCAGCCUAUACUUCUUCACCUGCCCCAAGCUAUAACCCUACACCCUCGGUGACCUACAGUGGGGGCCCCACGGAAUCUGCCAGCCGCCCCCCGUGGGUGACAGAUGACAGCUUCUCUCAGAAGUUUGCCCCUGGCAAGAGUACCAGCUCCAUCAGCAAGCAGACUGUGCCCCGAGGGACCCCAGCCUACACCCUGAUAGGUUCCCAGGUGCCCCCCCUUGCCAGGGGCACCGUCCAGAGGGCUGAGCGCUUCCCAGCGAGCAGUCGGACUCCGCUCUGUGGACACUGCAACAAUGUCAUCCGGGGUCCCUUUCUGGUAGCCAUGGGCCGCUCCUGGCACCCAGAAGAGUUCAACUGUGCCUACUGCAAGACUUCCCUGGCAGAUGUGUGUUUUGUGGAAGAGCAGAACAACGUUUACUGCGAGCGGUGUUACGAGCAGUUCUUUGCCCCAAUCUGUGCCAAGUGCAACACGAAAAUCAUGGGGGAAGUGAUGCAUGCCCUGAGACAGACGUGGCAUACCACCUGCUUCAUCUGUGCAGCCUGCAAGAAGCCCUUUGGGAACAGCCUUUUCCAUAUGGAAGAUGGGGAGCCCUACUGUGAGAAAGACUAUAUCAAUCUGUUCAGCACCAAGUGUCACGGCUGCGAUUUCCCCGUGGAGGCUGGUGACAAAUUUAUCGAAGCCCUGGGGCAUACCUGGCACGACACCUGCUUCAUUUGCGCGGUCUGCCAUGUGAAUCUGGAGGGGCAGCCGUUCUACUCGAAGAAGGACAAACCCCUGUGCAAGAAGCACGCACACGCCAUCAAUGUGUAGGGAGCCCAGGGCAUCUGACGCGGACAGGCGGGGAAGCUGCUCCUGCCACUGGCAACAAAGGAUUCAAGGAGGCUGAUGUUUCUUUUGGGGGGAAAGGGGGAAGACAGGAAGCAACUGAGCCCUUUUGAAGUAUAAUUUUAGUCCUUUCUUCUGCACACAGAUUGUGUAUUUGCAUAGUUCAGACUAGAAGCCAAAUGAAGAUUCCUAAACCAAGCUAGUAAUUCAUCCAAGGCUGGAAUUGUACUUCAGACGUUUAGGACAGAAUUCCAAGAACUCAAAAGUGAAAAACAAAAAGUAACUUUCCCAAAGUGAUACACUUCCUGAGAUGGGUCACCAGAGCAGGGACAGAGCUCAGAGCAGCUGUGGGGAAUCUGAAGCGUCCUGUGGAGUUCUUUAGAGCUCCUCUGGCAAACAAAAUGAAGUGCCAAAUAGUCCUCGCUGCAGGGUAUUUUUAGAGCCAGAGCUGAGAGCUUGUUAGCUAAGACCAAUUGGGCUUUUCUCACCAAAAAAGGAAGUGUUAUUCCAUUACUCACGUCAUGGAGCUACCUCUGUGCAUCAGACUUCAGACCUUGAAAAGACUUGAACAUUCUAAAGGGAGCCCAGACAUGCGGAGUGAUGUUUUCUGGAGCCCCUGGGCGAUUGACCUGGCUUCUGGAAGGGCUCUGGCUCACACUGCUGACAGCUGAGGGAAGAUGGGCUCUUCAGCUCCCCUCUUUGUCUGAAGCAUCCGAUGUUCCAGAAGGCUUAGCUCCUUUUUGAGUUGCGACAGGAAAGUGGAAUUGGGUUUUUCCAGUUUUACUUGCUGUGUGUGAGUUUGAAAAAAACGCUGUGUUGUGUUUGGCCUUUGUUUUGCUUUGUGAGGUUAGUUAGCAUGAAUGUCCAGUCAUGUGCAUGUACUUCUCUCCCAGUGAGUAGUAUGACCACUCACUUAGGGAGUCUUCCUCAGCACCCCUUCCCCCAACAGGCUAGUGAACUGUGGAGAAGAAGAGAGAGAGAGAGAGAGACAGUGUCUGAAACUGGAUGGCAGAACAGGCUGAGGACGUGCCCCGACUCUGAGUGGGGAAGAGGCACCUUCCAUUCUGCCAGCCUCAGCCAGAAUGCAUGAGUUGGCAGGCCGUCCCACCUCUGAUCAGCACCGCCCUUCUCAUAUAUUCCUUUGAAUGCAGCGCACUGAUUAUGUACCAUCGCGUUGCAUGCUGGAGGAAAAAGAUGGGCUGAUACGUACUCAUCUUCCGUUUUGGCCAAUAUUUUGAAAAAUGUAUGAGCUGGCUUGAUCUAGCAAUUAUUUAAAUAUUUAUUGAAAUAGACUUGGGUCUCCAAACUUCUUUAAAAUAUUAGUGAUAGUUUGAGUUAAGUAAGCAUUUUAAAGCUGUUUGAGGAUAAAGAGAAAAGCUUUCGUUUCUGAGGUUGGAAAUGGUAUAUAGUCUCUUUCCCUUUUAGAAAGCACUGUUAUUAUGCUCGUUGAACAUGGCAUUGAAGCAAAUAGUUUGAGUGGAUGUUUCUCACUUGAGCACAAUACUUAGGCACUCUUCCAACUCACUACUAUGACUUUCUUCUCACUCCUCUUUUGGAUUUUCUCCUUGCACGCUUGAAAUCUUUUAUGAGAAUAUAUUAUAGAAUACUUUUUCUUCUGAGAACUGAGGCUUCCAGGUGACUGCAUUUCUCCCUGAAUAUGUCCCUUCUCCCCAGGAGAUGUGUCCGCAACAGGAGGCCUGUGUUUCUUUCCAAGGGUAAAGCCACCAAUGUUCCCCAUGGAGCACCGGGAAUGAUGUACAGGUGCUCCUACCACAGGACCCUUAUUGAACUUGGUGCUGUGAGAAAGUGAAUAUAAAGCACCAGGCAGAGUCAAAUCUGUGGGGAGUGCCUGGAGAUUUUUCAGGAGCUGCAAACAAGUACCUUGCAGCAUUCUGUUACUUUUGGAAAAUUCAAAUAUACAGGACAAGGAGGUUGCUGACUCUGCAGAAAGGCUCUAGGCAGGUUUUUUCUUUAAAAACAAACAAAAAACCCAAAACUAUUAAAUUAUCAAGGACUGGUCUUGAGCAAAGGAAAAAAGUUCCCUAGAGUUAAGUGUCCAAAACUUAGAAGAAUUUACACACACACACACACACACACACACACACACGCACACACACAAUCAUAAAAAAGUGUGUGAUCAUUAAAAGGAAAAGUUGAAAUAUCUCAAAGGAGAACUUCCUCAUAGUCGUUUAUUGAAUCGUUUUUGUUUUUUUACAUCUCAGAGCUAGAGUAGAUUCUGAGGGACUCUUAUUUACCAAAACACAAAAUAUUUACCAAAGCACAAACAAACAAACAAAACUUUUAAAAGUAGCAGGGAAAGGAAGUAGUUUUGAAUGUGGUUUCCUCCGUGUCUGUAAGUUUGGCAUAGCAUCGGGGUUAAGGUUGUGUCUAUUUCAAAUUAACAUCAUGUAUGGCCUAUAACACCUAACACAAUUUUUAAUAGUUCAUGGUGGAGAAUACACUUCGGAUCUACAGUUCUUGUCUCAUAGUUGACAUUUAUAUAACAUUUGUAAACAUUAACUUUUUGCAACUGAAUGACUUGUGUUUGCAGUGUUUGUGUUAGGAAUCUAGCUUUUAUAAUGUUAACUUUUCAACCCAUGUACUUUUGCUUUGGGAUUUUUUUUUUUUUUUAAGAUUUCAGAAGUGGAUUAUAGUGUGUUAGAGGUGUGCACAAAAAUAUUUUGCAUGGUUUUUUUUUUGCCCGUGUGAAUUCUACUUUUUAGCAAAAUAAAACCCCCCAAAAGGCUGUGCAAAUACAGAUUUUUCUGUGUAAAGUUUUUUGCAUGUGACACCAAAAGCAGGUUUUUUUCUAUGUGGCCAUAAAUAAAAGUUCAAGACAAAACAAAAUACCCUGUGGAGAAGAAACAGAUACAACUCAACUUGCUCUGUUGGCUGUGUGGCCCAAAGGCAGUUUACAUGUGAAUAAUACAAAGCAAAUCAUUUUGCAUGCAAAGAGAAUUUUCCAGGUAUAUAAUAAACUGAAGACCAAACUUUGCCUUUUCUUUUUGGAAAAGUUUAUUUAUUUACCUACUUGGUGAUUAAAUAUUUCAUAUUAAUUAAUUUUUAUUCUGCUCUAAAUGACUUAAUUCCUAGAAAAGUUGCUGUAUUUUCUUCCAUAUCUUUAGUUUUGAGAUAAGCGCAGAGAAAAAUCCU